GUCAUUGGGACUGCUGCUGCUGCUGCUGCUGCUGCUGCUGCUGCUGCUGCUGCUACUGCGACUCUGUCGUUUAUGUGUGUGGUUCUUGCUGGCAAUGGUAACCUCUCAGAAUCUUUCGCUCUAUCCCCUGCUCCUCUUUCCCCCAUCCAUGGAGUUGUGGAUACACACGCCCCAUGCCCUUUUUUCUCUCUUUCCCUCGCUCUAUCUGGACUUUCAACACACACACACACACACACACACACACACACACACACACACACACGCCCCCCCAAGACCAGGGCCCCAAAGCUGCUCGGCCGACUGAAUCGACCCGCAUCUACAGAGUUGCACUACCCGUACAUACCAGCCCCGGGCGGCUAUCGCCUGCGAUGAACCACCCACAUCCAUGCCCCCGCAUGCAAGUCUGUCUCUGUCUCUCUGUCUCUCUGGCGUUGUUGCUGUCUCUCUCUCCUCUGUGCCUGUCCUAUCCUGCUUGUCCCCUCCUCCUCCUCUCCUGCUCUCUUGGUCCGUGUGCUGGCCCUACCUUACCUUCCAGACUACAACGGCCUCAUGUACCUCGUGUAUACUAUCCUCCCCCCCUGUCUCUUCCUCGAACCCUGGCGAUGGUCCCCGCUGCUUUCUUAACUGAAGAGUGGCACUCGUUCAAAUCGUCUCGACUGGUAGGCUCCCCUUGCGAAAAAAAUACAAACCUUUGGAUCGGCAUCCAUCGCUGUCCACUUCGCUCGUCAUUAAUAGGCCGCGGCCAUCUCGUCCUCGCGAGGCUCUCUUCUCAUCCAUUCCCACUUCACAAGUCCAAUUACGGAGAGGCAGACUUUAGUGACUCUUUGGAUUCUUUAUAUCGUCCAUCCCCCCUUCCCAUCUUCUUAUAAGACAAGACGAGCUUCACACAACCACAAACUAUCAAAGCUCUCGUCUACAUCCGUGUCUUUGGAAUAUCCCCUUUGCCACUUACAUA